AAGGUGGAAUCAGUUGUGUUUUUUCCCGAGUGGGAGGAUACGAGUUUGCUGCCAGGAGAGCAAUGGAACGUUGAGGAAGAAAAGUUUCAUCACAGUCAUCUAGUCCCGUUUGUUUCCUCAAAAACUGGUGACAUUAACGAACUCCAAAUGGCGGAAAAGUACUCAGAUCUCGAGUCAGCACUAUAUAACCUGGUCACGAAGUUCCACGAUGCUUCAGCUAACAAAGAGCCCACACUAAACACGGAGGAGUUUCAGACCCUGGUCUCCACACAGCUGCCUAACUUAGUAAAGACAGGCAAUGAACAAGGUUUGAGUCCGAUCCUACAGCAGAUGGGGGUGGAGAACGGCCAGAACAUCUCCUUUGAGGACUUCUGGAAAUUGGUCCAGUCGACGGCCACCUCCCUGUUUGGCGAGAGAAAACCGGAGAAGACUGUUAAAUGCAAAUGCCUGCUACUGUGAAGAGGACAUAGCUGGAACAUGACUAUGGAAAAAACGUCCUAUUCAGAGACGUUCCAACUGUAGAAUACCAUUAGCAUUUUUGCCCCAAAACAUGUUGCCAAAUCUUAAAGUCCAUUCUGAAUACUAAAAUACUUCCUGCUCCCCCUUUCCUCGGGGUAUUCUGUUAUCGAACAUUGGAUGGGUGAAAACCUGUGCUCCUGUUACUACUCUACUUGUGUCAGAUCAGAAAGGAAGGGGAAGGAGGAGGUACACUUUAAGGGUGUUCAGUUGGGACCUUAUUGCUACAACUUACGGUUCACAGUUACCAACAUGAACUAGUCUUGUUUUUAUUUACACCAAGCACAUGUAAUCAGAAAGUUAUAUGCCACUGCCUAAUUACUGAUAUAAAACAUUAACGUCUGAAGGUACCAUAUAUGUUUUCUUUAAUACUAUAUACACAGUUAGUGUUUUGCUUAACAUUGUAACAACUGACGAAAGCAAAGAAUAUCAUGUGCAUCAAAUUGGUAUUAUCUUACAGUACUUGAAUAAAACUUUUGAAUUUG